CUGUGAUCAAGUUCACGAACAGAAAGUCGGAUUCGGGGGAAGUACGUUUACGUGGUUUAAUUUGGUGUUGUGAAAUCCAUCCGGUCGAGUCAACCCUAGUGAUUGGAAGGGUCAUUGAGGAGACACUUGGGUCAUGACUAAACUAAGCACAACGUACAAGGAUCAGUUAAGUUCAUGGCUGGGAGGGAAGAAGGACUUCACCCUGUUGUACCAGGCAACCAGAGACGGGUGCAGUGCCCAGGCCUUCCAUCAGAAGUGUGACCACAAGGGAGCAACUGUCUCUGUCUGCUACAACACAGCUGGCUAUGUGUUCGGUGGCUACACAUCGGUCAGCUGGUCAAGUGAUGGAAGCUACAAAUCAGACCAACAGGCCUUCCUGUUCAAGCUCCAGGCGGCGAAUAGCUCUCAACCACAACAGUAUCCCGUGAAGACGGACAAUCUACAGCAUACCGUUUAUCAUGAUGCUUCAUAUGGGCCUACCUUUGGAGGAGGACAUGAUCUACACCCUUUUUCUUCAACAAUUAAUAAACAGAGCAAUUAUUUCCAAGGCAAUGGAUACACGAAUCCAAACCACACUUACAACAUGACAGGAGAGAGCGCCGCUACCUUCACAGGAAACAAUUUGCAGUUUACCGAUGUCGAAGUGUAUCAAGUUACAGAAUGUGUGGAACCUCAAGAUGAGACACCGUGGCGGAAGCUCCCCGAGCUGAAACAAAAGGUACUGAAGUCUGAACUGGAGACGUACGCACCCCCAGGGAAGCUGAACUAUGUGAACAUCUUGUUACUGGGGACAGUGGGAGCGGGCAAGUCCAGCUACUUUAACACCAUCAACUCUAUAUUCAAAGGGCGGAUAACCUCCGUCGCCCGCAGCGGAAGUGCAGAACACAGCCUAACUACUACAUAUCGCUUGUAUAAGAUAAAAUCGGCCGAGAGUCGGCAGCCCUUGAAAGUUCGGCUGUGUGACACGAGGGGACUUGAAGAUGGUCUCAAUCUGGAUUUGACGGAUCUUAUGGCGAUCAUCGACGGUCAUUUGCCGGAUAGAUUCACGUUCAACCCGUCUGUUCCUGUUCGUCCUGACGUCCCUGGGUACAAGAAGGACCCAACCCUAGAUGACCGAAUCCACUGUAUUGCUUUUGUGGUAGACAGCACCGCCAUAGAUGUCUUCCCAGACAAAAUACUACAGACGUUCAAGGCAGUUCAGCACAGGGUGAAUGUACAAAGUUUGCCCCAGGUGGUGCUGCUGACCAAGGUGGACAAGGCAUGCGAGGUGGUCAACAAAGACAUGUCACAGCUGUUUCUCAGCGCUGCCAUCGGAGGCCUUGUUGAGAAGACGGGAGAGUUGUUUGGCCUGCCUCGCUCUCACGUAUACCCGGUUAAGAACUAUGAGGACGAGUUGGUCCUAGAUGACAACGUGACCCUCCCUGCUCUGACCAGCCUCGUCCAGAUGACCAGGUUUGCUGACGACUUCCUCAACGACUGUCAAGACCUUGAUGAUGACUGACUACCACGUCCAAUGUCCAGCACCGUAUAGUAGAACACAAGCGUCAAAUUUGAAAUAUUUGUUUGCGAUAAUGCUGAAUGUUCGUGUUUUGUUCAAUGAAAGUUCUUUACAGCCCCUAUUUACUUGUCCAAAUUAUACUGAGAUUAGAUCUAAAAGCAAUUAUUGUGUUAAUGGAUGACCUUCGAACCGUCCCGUUUGGCAACGUCAACCUAGACAAAGAAAUACUGCUUAAUAUCGUUGACUCUGUACAUCAUUUCUUCUCUAUGAGGGAAAUAUUUGUCUAAACAUGUUUACCUUUGAUGCACCUUUGAUGUACCAUAUGUGACAAAAUAGUAAGUUUAAACUACAGCAUCUCACAUAUACUACUGCUGCUGCUCGAAGGAUAUGUAUAUAGGCUCUGCCUGUUUAUCAAUCCCCUUUACCUCUAUCAAUUGGAAAUUAAUAUUGAUUAAAAAGAAAUAAUUGUAGCAUUGUUUCAUUUUCUGGAGUAGGUAACUGACAAUUAUUUGAUCAUUUGAAGUAGGUGUAAUUGUUAGACAUUAAAAGAGCUUCCACGUUUAUUUUAUCCUUAUGUGGAUAUACCAUUAACCUGUACUUUAAC